AUGGCUGACCCGUCUAAAAGAAGAGGUUUUGGACGUGGGCGUCAUUUCGUUGGUUCUGGUAUUUGCCCAGCUGGCGGCAACCCUGGACGACACCUGCUUCUGUUCACGGGGAAGGACGACGACUUCGCCUCCGAAGCCAGGUCGUCGCAGGCUGCCCGGCGCAUCCUUUCUGGCGGCUCCGCUGACCCCUGCCCUCCCGGCAAGCGGCACCUCUUCCCCGCCGACAGCAUCACCACCGCCCAUUACCUGCUGUUCUUCGUGGCGCUGGUCCACAUCGUGUACAGCUUAUUCACCUUCACACUGACGCUGCAACGGGGGCAGCGCAACGCCGAUUCCCAUCAUUACCAUCGCCAUCCCACAGUCCCCGAUUCGUGGUUCUCCGUGUGGGCCAGAUGGGAGCGCAGGUUCCGGCUGGCAGAGAUGGACGGAGCCGAGUCCGUGCGGGAGACCCAUUUGGCGGCCGCGGCGACGGCGGCGGCGACGACAGAGGUAGCGGUGGUGCAGCACGGCGGCGAGGGCGACGGCGCGCAACGCCACAGCGGCCGCCGUCGGCUCCUCCGGUGUUGCUGUCGCGGUGGCGGCAGCGGGGCCGGAGGCGGCCGCUUGGCGCCGCUGACGACCUGUUUGCGGGGGCUUAUGGGCGGUGUUGACCCUGGGCGUUACAAGGUGCUGCGGGGGCUGUUUCAGCUGCGUGCUCGGGCGUACGGCGUGCGGGCGUUUAGCAGCCACAAUCUGCAUUACUCUAUGGUGUGCGAGAACGCCAUGCAGAUCGACAUUGAGAAUGUGGUGGCGCACGGCUGGCUGCAGGCCUUGAUCGUGGCGAUCUUCACGCUGUACACGACGGAGGCGUACCAGAUCGUGUGGAUCGGCGGCAUCAGUAUCAUCAUGCAAGUGGUGGUGAUGUUCAAGCUGCAGUGGGUUUUAGCCACCAUCCAGCACAUCAUGACGGCGGAGGCGGGCCGCUCCGGAACCACCACGUACCGCGUCAACACCCUGUCCGAAGCGUACCAGCACAUAAGGCCCGUCGCCGCCGCGGCGGAGGCCCCCGCGGCGACGGGGCCCCACGGCGGUAGUGACAGCGAGGGUACAAGUCGGCGGUCCAUGCGGCGAGGGGGCUCAGCAAGUGGGAGCGAGCAGCAGCUAGGGGGGAAAGAGACUCAGGAGCAGGGCCGUGGCGGCGGCGGCGGCGGCGGCGGCGGCGGCGGCGACACGGUCCACCGUCGCGGCAACAGAAGCCCUGAAACCGUGAUGCUGAGCCGUGGCGGCGGCAGUGGUGGUAGAGGAAGUAGCCGAGCCGUCCGUAACUUGUCGUCGCGGUUCGCCGCCGCUGCGGCAGAAGGGCAGGAUGGUGACGGCGGCGGGGGUAGCCGCGCCGCAGAUACGUACUGCGUGUCCGGCGCGGACCGGCGCGCUGGUGGCGGUCUGCCGUACGCUGGCAGCGGACCCUACGCGGCGCCGCAGCCGUUGAGACAGCUCAACCGGGGCGCAGGGCCGCUGGCGGAGGCGUGGGAAGGUACGACGGAGACGAUGGCGGCGGCGGCAGCGCUGGCCCCGCGGCGGCCCCCGCCUACGUCCUCAUGGUGCAUGGCGAUGGAAGGAGCGGCGGACGCGAAGGCUCGUCGGCGCUGGUGGCACCGUCCCACAGCCGGCAUGCACUACCUGCCGGCGGCGGCGGCGCCUGUACAGAUGUUGCUCAGCGUGGGGCCCCAGCCGCUGCCCUCCCGAGCGCGGUUAGAGGCGUCUGUUGGAAGUGCGUAUUGUGGUGGCAGCUCGAUGGAGGUAGAGGACUGGCAGCCGUACAUACUGGGGCCUGGGCCGGUGGCGGAAGCGCAGGACUGGGGCGCCGGAGGCGGAGGCAGCGGAAGGGGCCCCAGGGUGGCUGGUACGCGUAGCCGCUCAAACAGCCUCGGGCGAGCCAGCACCGUCAGCGGUACCGCCGGGACGACCGGCGGCUGCGGUGGCAAGUCUGCAAAUAGUGGCGGGGCCGGCGCCGCUGGUACUGCUACCAACAGCAAGGCUGCAAGCGGUGUCGGAGCUGCUGCUGGCGGCGGUGCCAGUGGCAAAGCUGCCGGCGGCGGCGGAGGACCCAGCCGCAUCAAUAUCAUGGCGCGGGGAGGGCCACACCGCGGCGUGGAGAUGGUUGGCCGGAGCUUAAGCACGGGCAGCGGCGUGCGGUCCGGGGAUAUGGCCCACCCGCCUCAUACCUCUGUGCACGUGGAAGCUGCGGCUGGUGCAACUACGGCGGUUCUUGAGGGGAACGGCCUGGCUUCGGGUUGUACGACAGGCUGCAACAACCCUCUGUACGACUUAGCCUCUCCAGACGCCGCUGUGGCAGGACUGCUCGCCAGCCGGCAGAAUGGCUGCGACGGCGACGACAAGAAAACCGUCUUUGGCGCCGCCAACGCCUACGCUGCGGCGGCGCUGCUGUCGGCGCCAGCGCGUGCGCUGCCAGCGGCGGAGGCGGAGGCGGCCGCCGCCGCCGGCAACGGCUUUUCCUUCGGAACCCUAACGGGCGCUGGGUCCGGUCGCAUUGGCUGGCUGGGAGGCAAUCCGUCGGCCGGGGAGGGUGGCGGCGACGAAGGCGGUCGUAGCCGCCGGCCGUCCGCUAUGCAAAUGCCGGGACAUGGAGCUGAACCUUUGGACAGCGCCCCCAGCUACCAAUUCGCCAACCCGCUAUUCAAGGAGGCCGAAUCGGUCAGCAUGUCUUCCGCAGCGGCGGCGGCGGUGGCGACGGUGGCGGAUCGCACGAUGGCGCCACGCCAGGUCAGUGAAAAACGGCAGGUCGCGCCACAGCCGCAGCCGCAGCAGCAGCGGACCGCGCCGGCGAUUGGCUGGCGGUCCCCGCAACCCCCGCGCAAGCCGUCGGCCUCCGCCAGCGGUGCCAAACCCGCGGCACCGGCCUCCGUCGGCAGCGGCAAGCACACCUCCGCCAAGCGCCUGGUUCACCACCACCUGCACCAGGGCACCAGGGCGCGCUCCGUCACGUCUGGUCCACCGACCCAUCUGGGUUCAGAGUGGGGGGAUGAGCCGCCGGUGCUUUGGCGGAGAAGCUACGAUAUCGGCGACGCGCGAACGGGCUCAUCCGUACUGCUGCCGGCGGCGGCGGCGGAGCGGCGGCGGCUCAUCAAGGCCAACCCGUUGUAUCUGGAUCAGCCGCACUUGCCCAUAUUGGACGUGCCUCCGCCGCCCUGCAACACCGGGUUGCUGUCCCCGGUGUUGAUGCCGAACAUGGCGUCGCCGAGGGCAGCGGUGGCGGUGGCCAGCAGUACGGUAUCGGCGGCGGCGGAGCUGUUAAAUGGGGGACCUAUGGAAUGGAUUUCCGCCGGGGUUUCGUCGCACGCCGCCAAGGCAGUGCCGGCACUGUCGGUGAAGGCUGUCGGCGGCGGCGGCGGCGGCGGCCGUGGCGCCCCCGUCGCCGAGGGUGCGGACGCCGCAGCUCUGGCAGUACAAGCGCAUAUGGACGCGGCGCUGGCAGGGCCGCCGCUGCAUCAGCUGGAGCUCGGGGCGCAAGCGUCGGAGACGACGGUGGCGGCGGUGCCGCCGGCAUGGCAUGGAGCAGCGGCGGCGGCAGCAGCUUCGCCGCUGCUACCGAGCACCACCACCGCCGCUGUCUCCGCGCGUCGUCCCUCAGCCACCACAACCGACGCCGGUUGCCAGGUGACGACGGCGGCGAAUGCAUUAAUGGCUGAUGGGGAGACUGCGGUCACACACCGCCCUGCUCAGGACGCCGCCUGCCAGACGCUUCCGCCGCCAAUGCCGUCGCCGUCGCCGCCGCCGCCGCCCCCUGCACUGGAGGUUACCGGCGCCAGCCCCGCUGAUAAUCCAGCCUGCUCUAGUCGUACCGCGGUGCCGCUAUUUGAGCCGUACAAUGCCGAUGAAGAGGAGGUCGACGAGCGCGUCAGCGGAGCCGGUAGCGGUGGCGGCACAAGGCCGGAUAUGGAUGUAGUGGAGCGAAAGCUCCAGGGGCUGUUCUGGUGGGGCCGUCCGCAGCUGCUGCUUUGGAUCACCCACGUCAACUACCUGCAGAACUCCCUCAGCCUGACGUUGUGCUUGUACUACAUGCUGUCGUACGGCACCGACUCGAGCAUCCUUCAGGAGAGCCGGCGCCUGCUGCACGUGUGGCUGCCGCUCCUGGUCGCCAACCUGGCCCUCAUGCUAUACAUCGGCUGGGUGGUGGUGCCGCUGUACACGCUGGUCACCACCACCUGCACCCGCAAUCCCCGAGCGCUGCAGGAGCACAUCCGCCGACACAAAAAGGCCGAGGAGGAGGAGGGCGGCAUCACGGGUUUCAUCAUCGAGCAGUGCACUCGCUGCUUCCGGAGCUCCCACCACGCCGCCGCCCGCCACCACGCCCGCCACGGUACCCUCCAAGGCGCCCACCUCAACUCGCUGUUCCUGGCCAACCUGGCCAACCAGGCGGGGGUGGUCAUGGCGGGGGGGGCGCAGAGGAAAGCAACCAGCUCCACUCGCCAGUGUCCAUUCAUUUCUCUCCCUGGGCUUCCCCCACCUAGGCUGGGUUCCACUGGCGCGGUGUACCAGGAGAUCUUGCUCAUAUGGCUGGCAAUGGCCCGUGUGCGGAGGGGGGUGGCACAGCCACCGCCCGGCGGCCGGUUCAAACUGCAAGCUGACGUGAGUGAGUUCCGUGCUACCUUCCAGGCUCUGGACGGGGAUUGCUCCGGAACCGUCACCUCCCACGAGCUGUCCAUCUACCUGCUGCUGCUGACCGGCACACGGCUCAGCAGGGCCGAGCUGAAAGCCAUGGUGGCGGAGAUCGACCGCGAUGGUGACGGCAAGGUGUCCUUUUCGGAGUUCCUGGUGUUCAUGAUGUUCUGCUUCCUAGAUGGAGAUGGCAACGGUUGUGUGGAGAUGCACGACAUUGUUCGCGCGAGUGGACGUGUCAAGGUGCGGCUGCCGGCGGCUGAUGUGGCUGCGAUGAUGGAGCUCGCGGGGAAUCUGGCGUGUGCGGAGUACCUGUCCCCUCGGAAGCAGAGCUGGGCGGACGCAGCCAUGAGGGGACGGCUCCGCGUUGCGUGUGCUCUGGGCAUCCAAGCCUUCCAGCAAAGCGACCAAGGCGGCUGCGGCCUGUGGAACACGCUUGGAUGCUUUGCCGGGUGGCCUAAUGCCACGGGUCACCGACAUAGCUCUAUAAGUCUGUACCACAAUGUCGAGCUGGGUUGGUACCUGCAUUACCUCCUAAAGCACUCCCUGGGUAUUGGCAUGCAGGACAACCUCCAGAUGCACUUGCACCAUGCCUCAACCAUCUCACUGCUGCUCAUCAGCUUCACACUCAACCUGUACCGCUCAGGCGUGCUGGUGCUGUGCCUCCUCAACCUGUCGAACCCCUUCCUUCACGUGGCCAAGGCGCUGCAUUACCUGGAGGCAUCUGCUGACACGGUGACGUUCCUGCUGUUCGCGGUCGUGUUCUUCUUCUCGCGAGUUGUGGCCUACCCGGCAGUGGUGCUCAGGGCUACGCUGCUGGAGAGCUGGCAGGUACACCCGCCCUUCCUGGACCCGAACCAGCACCUGCCCGUGUACCUGGCGGCAAAUGCGCUGCUGCUGUUGCUCAUGGUGAUGCAGCUGCAGUGGUUUGCGGGCAUCGUCAGGCUGCUUACCAAGGCCCUGACCUCCUCCAAAGAAGAGUUCAAGGAGGAGGGCAAGGCGCACGACUACGCCAAGACCAAGCACGAGUGAACUCGGUCCAGUUCACGGCGGCCCAUAGAAUGCAGCCGGGAAGAGGGAGAGCCGCAAUGACCAUCUGGGUCAGGGAGAUGUCAUGUUGUUGGGUUUCGGCCUUCGCCCAAAACAUUGAUUAUUCAAGAACCCUGCAGGAUAGGAUGGCUGGAAAGGGGGCCACCGUCUUGGAGGGGGUGGAAGAGAGCUCGAGGGGGGAGGGCUGAUGGGAGGGUGCAGGGUCCAGCCGUGGGGCAGAGCCAUACACUGGCAAUGCAACGCGAAGCGAGUGAGCGAGCGAGCGAGAAACUGCACAGGAACUGAUCCAGCACUUGCACGUAUAUGUGCGUGAGGAGGGGGAAAUGUAUGUGUGUGUGUGUGUGAAGGGAAGGCGUAGCGCGACGAUUUACAGUCCAUUGCGGCGGUGCAACUGACCGUUUUAAGGCGAAGCACCGCGUAUAGGAGAGCACAUCAAAAGUAGUAUUGAUGGGCGGAAUUUUCCUGUUCUAGUCAUGUGAUUGUGCAGCUUUUUGAGACUGACUGUAAGAGCCGUAGCGAGAAGUCGAAAUCAUUCCUCGUUUGGGGUUUUGCACGCAUUGACAUGACGGCAAAUGCGCAUAUACACGCCGACUGGCACACCUCUAAAAUACAACUUUAUGAUUCCAUGCUAUUUUUUUGGAUGUCGCUGGAUUGCUGCAGGCUUAUCUCAUUGCGUGUCAAAGGCGCCCAGGAACUUGUAUAUCCGGAACUGUCCGAAGUCCAAAACUUGGGAUGCUAUGAAAAUGGUGCGAGUUC